CAAAAAGUUAAAAACCAAAAAUAUAAAACACGAAUCAAAAUCUAUGCACUUUACUCAUUUCUUCAUUUAAAGUUAUCUACUCACGAACUAAAUUAAACAAUGUUUCCUUGUGGAUUCGACCUGGUAUUUUACCGGAAUUUAUUUCUAUAUCGGCACUUGUACACUUGCAAGUUUAGCCCGGUCAAAUAACAAUAUAACACUAUCCAAAGCUUGGGAAAUUGACAAUGAGUUUCCUAACAUUUUCAAGCCUCUUUACAACUCUAAUAAGGUGUAUAUUCAUAGGCUCUAUCUAUUUUUAAUCAUGAAAAUAUUGCAGAUUAAACUCCAAAAUGUGGGCAAAUUGUAGCAAACAUGUUUUACAAGUUCAUCCAUUUUCCCAAAUAGGUCAAAAAAUGUAAAGCUUGUGACAGCCAAGACAACAUAAUUAAAAAAAAUACUCAAAGCAAUUGUAACUUGCCUCCUUGAUCUUCUUCUCCGUGACUUUGGACACAAGCUAAGCUUCGCUUUCACCACAACAGACUGGUCACUCGGGAGCACGCCCUUACCUAGAAGUUAAAUUAUCUAAAUUUUGUGAUGUCAAUCAUCAAAAAUUUGUCCUUAGAGCAUCUCCAAUGGGGUAAUGGAUUGGAGUAAAGUCUAUCCUACGUGGCAUAAGAGAGAGAUAGAGAUAAGAUGAUUAUUUUAAUUUAAUAUAAAGAAAGUAGUGUGUAUGAAAAUUGAAAUGGAAGAGAGAGAUAGAGGUAAAUUGUAGACAAUGUUUAUGACAAUGUCCACAAAUAGACUUUACACGGGAAUCGAGGAGCAAAAGUGGAUGAAAAGUGGGUUAGAAGUGAUAUAAAAAAUGAAAAUUAAAAUAAAUAUGAAGAUAUGUAGGUCAUAUACAUAAAAUGUGUGAGAUAAAAAAUGGGACCCAUGUGUAAGAGUGUGUAAGAGAAUAGAUAUCCCCAUUGGUGGAGAUGCUCUUAGAACCUAUGGAUUCGAUUUCCCCGGGGACAUGUGACCAUAUCUUAUACAUGUUGAGAGUAGGGCAAGACAACUUGUUCCAGAGCUUAUGGGAAUACCUCACACUAGCCUUUCCAAAGUAUCCAUGAUGGUACUUAUCGAAGAGGAUCCUAUGGUGGUGCAUUCAUGUGGCGUUACCGCUAUCCAAUGGAUGCUUCUGUUGCUUCCCAAUACGGUCAUGGUCGGCGCUCACAUGGCCUCUCAUGUUCCUUCAAGUGCUAAUACGGCUAACAACAACACUAAAACGUCAUUCAAAUUGAGCAUCUAGAAUCGACGAUUCCUUAUUCUUCACUAUUCUCAAGCUACACGUGGACCACUAGAACAAAUAAUUAUGGAAAAUUGAUGUUGUGGAUUCUUCAAAAUAGGCUUUUAUUUCUGGAUUCAAAUUAGGGAUCAGAGAAAGUGUAUUGUAUCACGUUGAAAUGGAGUAUCUGAGAGCGGCGGUGGCGAUGUGAUUGAGGUGAAGCUGAGAGGCGGUGGUGCCAAGAUUGAGGUGAACUCGAGAUUCGGUGGCUCUGUGAUUGAGAUGAUCGAAGUCGAGAGAGGCGGUUGAAGAAAUUGAUCUACUGAGUUUCUAGCAGAUGAUCGAUCGAAGCUGUGAGAAAACAAAAAUAACAGAGCUUCGUGACUUCCUCCUCACAUGUGCAAAGCUUCUAGGAGAUGGGGAGAUGUAGAGCUUCGACACCAAUUUUUGAUUGUUUUGGAUUUAGUUUGACAGCGCCUAUAUGGUACACCCGGGUGUAUACGUACACCCGGUUUUUUUGUAAUUGUUUGCAAAAUGAAGGUGAUCAAUUUUAUGGAGUGGAGUGUUUGCUUCCUUUUAUUCUCUCCCGUUGUUUCUUCCUAUUUGUCCUCACUUUGCAUUAUUUUUAUUUUACAUUUUUUUCAUCUCCACUUUCAAUUCAUUUUCAGCUUCAUCUGGUUUUUGCUUGUUCUUCUUUCUGUUGCUUCUCUUUUUUUUUCGUUUUUCAUUUCUUUUGAUUUUGAAUUUUAGUUUAUCUAACUUUAACUUUCCUUUUUCUUUAACUUUCCUUUUUCUUUUAUUCUGCUUCCAUCCUUCUUUUUGAAUUUUAAUUUUUCUAAUAAGCACACUUACAUUGGUUGGUCUAAAAUAAAGAAUUGGUGCUUCUUUAUAUAUGUUAUAUUGAUAUGAGCCUACACAAAUUCAUAUUCGAGCAUACUAGAGAUUUUAA